ACAAGACUCCGUCAAGUCGUAAGGUAUGAGAAGCGAAGAUGAGGGAUCCUAAAAGAAUUUAUAAAUAAAAGUAAAGAGUCGUUCAAGAAGGACUGUAAUUAAGACUUCAUGAGAAACACUGAUACGAAGAAACCAGGACUCUUGUCGUUGGUAUGAACAGGUAGCAGAGUCCUUUUUGUCUUCGUUCAUCUUGACUUAUUUCUUUUUGUGGAAUCUUUGAGGUCUUUACAUUGCUUUCAAAGCUGGAAUGCGAAACUUGUAGGAACAGAAGCUAUUCCAUGAUAUUCAUCACUUACUAAAGAUAUAAUUAUUUUUAGUAUAAUGAUUUAUCUUGUAUCACCUUUCCAAUUGAGAAACGCUAUUCGAAGGAAAAGAAGUAGAAAUGUGCUGCUUUCCAAAAGUCAUGUCCUUUCAAGCUUUUAAAUAAAAUGAAGGAUACAAUUCCUCUUACAAUAGGUUUAGGAAAGAUAUGUUGCUGUCUUAAUGGACUUUUUAUAAAUUCGUUGGAAUUCCCAACUGGCACUCAUUUUCACUACCGCGUCUCUCUCUUUUAUAGACCGAGUCUUCAAAGUAUUGAUUUUAUAGCUCAACAAUAAUGCGUCGUAGUGGAAAUAAAGAGUCUACUGUUGUUUACUCUGCUCUUUCUUUGGCACAAUCAGGACGUGGUUCUGAAGCUAUUGCUCUGUUAGAACCAUUAAAGACGACUGUUAUUAGUAGCCUGAAUUUGAUUGAUAUUAUACAGGCUGUGUAUGAGGAUCAAAAACGAGGCGAGGAAUCAUUUCAAUUUUGGGAAAAAUUUUUGCAAGCUCACGGUAAAAAUGAAAAGCACCUAUCAGCUUAUUUUAAAGCCGCAGUGAGAACGAAGAGUCUUAUUCAUCAGAGAAAGGCCGCUGUGGAAUUACAGAAACUCUUUCCUUCGCGUAAGCACACUCUAUGGGUCCUUUCAUCUCUGUAUUUGUUAUGCAAACGCUCAGAAAAUGAGAUGGAGCAGCGUUUGUUAAAAGCACUUGCCGAAAAAACAGCAAGCAUUACUUUCUCCGCACCUUCCGGACACAUUGAUUCUUGUGAAGAAUGUCAUCUUUAUUUGGACAUACUUUCAUUGGUCGGGAAAAAAAGCGAUGCUGUUGAACUACUCUUGAACGAAGAAACCCAAAAAUUUGUAGAAGCUGAUGCCGACUUGCUUCUUCGAAAGCUCCAGCUUCUUGCCGACUGCGAAAGCUGGGACACCUUAUUCUCCGUUGCUUCCACAUAUUUCCAAAAUGGAAAUAUUGACUGGAAGAUUUGUAAGGCUCUUCUAGAAUGCUCAUUACAUGACAGCCAAAAACUCAAACCUGUCCAGGAGCUUUCUCACAAUGCUUUGUCUACUUUUCACUCUCAAAGAAACCUCCAUCUUCUUUGGAUCCAUUUUACAUCUCAAUUUUUAAAAAAUGAACAUGAAAAUGCUAUUUUGAACUAUGUGCUGAAAAUGUGCGGUAAGCCUAUAGUUUUUGAAGACAUAGUACCCUUCCUUCAAAAAUUAAGCAAUGAAUCCAAAGCACAAUUGCUAGAGAACUUUACCAUUGAAAGCUGUCCCGAAACUAAUAAGUCUCAAAAAAUCGACAAGCUAGUUGCUAAGGUUCUGCGUCUUAAAAUUCAGUUUUUCUGCUUUGAGUCUUUUACUCAAGAAAACAUAACCGACUUUUUGCAAAAUUGCUUCAGUGUUUACCAAGAAGGCUUGUCUUUGAGUGAUAAUAUAUUGCCUACCGAUUUUACUCACGGAUAUGAGGCUUUACUAUUGGCUGUUCAUGCGCUCAUGUAUUUCAAGGAGUAUACAUCUUUGUCAAGUGAAGUAAGUCAAGGGCUUAUUUUUGAUGCUAUCUGUUUGUUAGAGAAAGGUCUCACUAGCAACCUUCAUAACUUCAAUUUGAAGCUUCCUUUGAUUCGUUUGUAUUUGCUCCUGGACGGUGGAUUUCCUGCUGCUUGCAAGAUUUAUGACACUAUGUCUAUUAAACAAGUCCAAAAUGAUACUAUGGAUCACUAUCUCUUGACGAGAGCAACCACACACUUCCCUUCGACCUUGGCUGCCCAAUAUUUAAAUGCAAGUGUACGGAUUUAUGCUUCAAAUGAAUAUGAAACUCCUGAAAUGAUUUGCAAUGCAUACGAAGAGGAAGCUUAUUCGCAAAUUGAGAAUAUGCGUGAAUUCCGUUCACGUUUGGACCAUAGUAUGUGGAAGAGUGUCGUGUUGAUAGAGCGAGCUAGAUGUCAUUACUUAAAUAAUUACAAGGCCCCUGCCCAAUACCUACCAAAAUGCUCAAAUCCCAAAGAUAAUCGAGAUUUAGACGUCUUCGUCAACUAUGCAUCUCCUAAAUUCCCCACUGCUGAACAUAUACUGAGAAAUGCCCCACAUCCAUCCACCGCUUGGGUGCACUUAUUUGUUCUGGGACACAUGCUUGUUCAAGAGGACAUUGUGAAUGGAAGAUGGGAAGUUGCAAGAUCUCAUGUUCAGGAAAUGGAGUCUAUUUGCGAUCGCAAUAAUUUGCAAGAACAAUUAACCUUAGAAGAAGUCAAACAUGUUAAUAUCUUGAUCCUACUUGGUAAUUUGGGCUUGACCAUUACUUCCGAUAACUAUGAUAAACUGAAAUUGGAGGAAAUUUCCGCGUUAGUCCAAUCUUUAGAAUACGAAAACAGCACUUCUCUUAGUGUAAUUACGAAACAGACGGAAAUUUUGAAUGAUUUAAUAAUCUGCCUCAACAGCUUCGUUUACCAUGUUUCUUCUUCCAAGAAAAAGGAAUUUUUGAGAGAAUAUCAAGCUUUAAAAAAUCUGAUUACUUCGAAACUCGGUAGUAUUUCUGUUGUGUCAAAGUAUAAAAAGAAAAACGCUCGAAAAAUUGUUUCUGAAUUGUUCAGUCAUUCCUGGCUUAAUAAGUCCUCUUUACAACAGGUACCUUUUGACCAGAAAUUUGCCAAGCAAGUUAUGGAGAGUAUGAUAGAUUCAUUUACCCAGACAGGAGAUGCUGUCGGGAAACUUUCGAGAUUUGUAAAAUUUUAAAUUUUCCAUAAUAAAUAAAAAAUUGGGUUUCACCUAAACACGAA